AUGAGGGGCCGUCCCAAGAAGCAGCAGGGGACCACGAGCUCGGCUGCCGCGCUGGUUAAGGAUAGGGGGAGCAGCAAGGAGAAGGAGAAGGAGAAGGAAGCCAGAAAGGAGAAGGAGGCGAGGGAAACCGGCAGGGGGCCGGCGAGGGGGAGGCCGAGGCGCAAGGGGAAGGAGACGGAGAUGGGUGGAGAGGGCAAGGAGCCAGCGAAGGAGAAGCAGAAGAAGCCCCAGGGGAAGGGGAAGGACAAGGAGACGGAGGUGAUUGAAGUCGGCGAGCAGAACGACAGGGAGAAGGAGAAGACCGGCGCCGAGAAGAACGUCUGCCCACAGUUCUUCAAGGUCUUCUUCCCCGAGCAGUCGAGGGAGCGGUUGAAAAUUCCACACAUGUUCCACCAGCACCUCAAGGAGCAGCCUACUGGACCGAUUUUCCUGAAGGGUCCUAGUGGCAAGAAAUGGCAGGCAACACUUGCUUCAGAGUCCGAAGUGUGGUCCUUUGAGCAGGGAUGGAAGGAAUUCGUCACGGAUCACUCCCUCAAGAAAGGUUACUUCUUGGUUUUCACAUAUGAUGGGCCCUCUCAGUUCUCCGUGGCGGUGUUCUCUCCGUCAGGCAUCAUCGACCCAUCAGCCUUGGAUGCAAAGCCUACGAAUGAGGUAGUCGUUAAGAUUGAAGAGGAUGAAGGCGUCCAAAGGGACAUGGAUGCAGGUGGCGCCUCUGAGGUAUCAAUUCUCCCCACAGAAGAGGGCAAUAGAGUAACAGGAAGGAGAACAAGAGCAAUGGGUGGUGGCACUGGCGCCUCUGAGAUACCACCUCUCCCCACAGAAGAGGGCCGUGGGGUAACAGGGAAGAGAACAAGAGCAAUGAGUGAUCUCCCAGCAGAUGCCAAUGCAUCAAAGAGGCACUCUACUGUCGCAAAGAAAGCUGACAAGAGGAGGAAUCAAGCUGGCACUUCAAAGGAUGCGGCGACAAUUGUUCACAAUGCCACCUUCAGUUUGUUGGACGAAUCUAAAACUUUCAACAAGACUCAGAUCAGAGAUAAGAAUGUGCCUAGGAGUGGUAAAUUCCUUUUGAAGACCAGCAGGGCACCAGUUGUGAUAUCUCAAAGGCGCCCAGUAACUGAAGAAGAGAAGGACCUUGCUCUUAGAAAGGCAAAUGAAUUUAAGUCAAAGUAUCCUUUCACCGUGCAAAUAAUGAUGGAAUCUUAUGUCUAUGUGGGAUUUUUCAUGAACAUCGCUUGCGAAUUUGUCAGAGAGUCACUUCCCCAGACAAACAAGAAGUUAACGCUCUGGGAUCCCCUAGGGAAGGCUUGGGAAGUUAACUAUGUUUACUACAGUGACCGCUCUGUUGGCGCUUUCAGUGGUGGCUGGGGUAAAUUUGCUCUAGGAAACAAUCUGGAGAAGUUUGAUGUCUGCAUCUUUGAGCUUUUCAAGGAGGACAACAUAAAAGUGCACAUAUACAGGGUUGUCCCGGAGAUAACUCCGCUCCUCCGUGCCAGAGACAGAGACUAG